GAGUUUGUGGUGUGGUCCUUUCAGGAAAGACAGCUUUAGUUGCGAACUCCAGAACCCAAAACCGAGAGACACAGAGAGAGAGAGAGAGAGAGAGCAACAAUUUUGCCAUUAAUGGCGGUGUUGGUUGGGUUGCUUUCUCUUAGUGAGUGAUAGUCUUUCUCUUAAUGGAGUCCUGUUCUUCUCUGAGAAGCUUUAGCGCAACUCUAAAGCCUCCACUGAUAAAGAAUGCAAGAGUAUUUGCUAUCACUCACAGCAGUUGGAGGAGGAAAAGAGCUGCUUUUCAAGUUUCUGCAAUUUCGUUCCAGAAAUACAUCCACUUCGCUGUAAAUGAAACAAAGAGCCAAACCCAGUUGGUCCCUUCUCCUUUACAGGAAAAAUUUAAUUCAAUGAAUUCCAUAGAUGGUAAAUCAGAGCUUCAAAUGUUAUCAUUCCAAGCUCCCAAGAUUAGACUUCUGCGAAGUUUGUGCAUUGAGACUGAAGCAAUGCAGGUGUUAGAUUUUACUGUCUUUCCAGAACCAGAAUUUGAUGUACCCAUAUUUUGUGCCAACUUUUUUGCCACCACCAGCAUAAACAUAGUGGUCUUGGACCUUAACCCUUUGCAUGAUGUCAUCAGUCAAAGAGAUUAUAAGGAAAGAUACUAUAAAAGUUUGAUGCCUCUUGGCCUAAAGUAUGCUGAGCUUUUACCGUGGGGAGGAAAGCUUACGAGCGAGUCCCUAAAAUUUUUCUCACCAAUUGUGAUAUGGACUAGAUUUACUCCAAGCGAACUCAAAAAUGAUGUUUUAUAUUCUGCAUUCACGGAUUAUUACAAGGCGUGGCUUAAGCUGAUAAAACACGCAGUAGCAGAGACAGAUGUGUCCCAAAUUAUGAGCAAUCGUGAAGCACAACAUAGAUAUCUAACAUGGAGAGCAGAGAAGGAUCCAGGCCAUGGAGUUCUGAAAAAGUUGAUAGGGGAGACAAUGGCAAAGGAGUUGCUGAGGAGCUUCCUCUUUAAUGGAAUUGAUGAGCUAGGAUGCAAAACAUUCCUGGAUUACUUUCCAGAGUACCGCUGUGAGGAUGGGACAAUCAAUGAGAAGCGUAGCAUUGUGGGGAAAUCUUUUGAAAAUCGCCCUUGGGAUACAAAGGGGGAAUUCAUUGAUAUAAAUUCUUGAUGAUAUGUUUGUUUUCCCAUCUGUUCCUUCCAUUUUUGCUCUUUGGUAACAUUUUUCUUGUUGGAUUUGUACUAAAGAUCUUGUAUAUUUUGCUGUAUUAUAGAUGUGUAUUUUUAAUACC